UUUCUUCGGGAUAGUAGAUUCGAAACAGGAAAGACUAGAAGGACAAGUUUCGUUUAACUGGAAACUGUAGAAUAUCCAAGGAGAAAUUAAAAUUAUCAAAAAAUUAUUGUUACAAAAGUUAUUCGAUUCGAAGGCGGGAGGUGGCAUUAUACGAUGGAAAUUAUCCUUUUGCAUGUAUUCUAAUUUUAAUUUGUGAAAUUUAACGUACGAAGGGAAGACGCGAAGCGACAUUUUUGUGUUUACGUUGCUUUCGUCUUUCACGCGUCUUAGAAACAGGAGAAUACCGUUCACGUUAAAUUCGGCAAAUUUGAGCUUUAGUUCAUUAUGCUGUAAUAGUUUUGAUAAUAUCUAAUUAUAUUUAAUUAUACAUUAGCGUACGUAUAGAAAUAUAGAAUAUUAUUUCGAAUAAGCCUCAGGACAAAGGAAGGUAUAUUCUCGAAUAUGUAUGCAAGCAACUCAAUAUCCUGGAAACGGAUUAUUUUGGGCUUCGUUACAUGGAUCAUUGUAGGCAAAGGCAUUGGUUAGAUCUGGCAAAAACAGCGAUUAAGCAAGUAAAAGACAUGGAUCCGAUUCUGUUCAGUUUUCGUGUGAAAUUCUAUCCACCGGAUCCUCUGAGGUUGAAAGAAGAAAUAACUAGGUAUCAGGUUUACCAGCAGCUUAAGAGAGACCUUCUUCAUGGCCGACUAUAUUGCAGUCCGGGUGAAGCAGCGUUGCUCGCCGCAUGCAUCGUGCAAAGUGAAAUAGGAGACUAUGAUCCCAAACUUCACGAAGGGAAUUACAUUUCCGAGCACAAAUUACUGCUUAAACAAACGGAAGCUAUCGAGGAGAAAGCUAUGAAACUGCAUCAAACAGAAUUGAAGGGAUUCACCCCGGAGCAAGCGGAAACGCACUUUCUUAGAUUAGCGUCGCAAUUGGACACGUAUGCCGUUGACCCACACCCUGUCAAGGACCAAAAAGGUGCGCAAUUAUAUCUCGGCAUUAAUCAUUGUGGAAUCCUAACGUUUCAAGGAUCCCGUAAAACACACCAUUUCCGCUGGCCGGAGGUUCAAAAAAUCAACUUCGAAGGAAAAAUGUUUAUUGUACAUUUAACGAUAAGCGAGGACGUGAGGACAAAGAAAAAGCACACAGUUGGGUUUAAGUGUCCCACGGGAUCGAACUGCCGCCACGUAUGGAGAUGCGCCAUCGAGCAAAUGUUAUUUUUCACAUUACCUAGGGCAUCGGAUGCACCGGUUGUAAGCGGUGGAUCUAUCUUCUCUUGGGGUACGAAAUUCAAAUAUACUGGCAGGACAGAGAAGGAAGUUUUAGAGGAAACGGGUCCACUUCGGAAGGAAGAACCACCCAUACAGCGAUGUCAAACGACGUGUCUUAGAAGAAAAGCUAGUAGUGUGCCAGCUACCCCCAGUACCCCUAGUCAAGAUCUCGUCGAAAUAAGAUAUUCCAGUUUGCCACGUAGCUGUCACAGUGCAGGUUUGGACGGUGCUGGAAUGUCAGAAGGUAGUACCGGCGUUCCAUUCAGUUCACCUUAUUGUCCAGAUAACACUUUACCACUUCUAGAACCUGUCUCGGAGGACCAAGAAAUUCAUGGCAGAAGAAAUAACGCAGUAGACGAAAAUGAUACGCAUGUGAGAGCCACCCACAACACCACCACCACUACCACCACCACCACUACCACCACCAUCACUUUCAACACCACCACAAAUCGUGCGAAAGUUAGAAUGAAAUAUCCCAAGAGCACGCCGAACCGACCUCAGCCGUUGUACAGUCAAAAGAUAGUGAUAGGUUCGGAGGAGUUAGUCGGCCGUAACAUCGAUAACGUCGUCAGGCAACGUAUAAACGCCCUCGAAAAGAGUCCGAAGGUGGUCAGGUCGACCGCUCUGAUCAUAAAGAGUUCGAAAGUGGCGGCGGAAUCUCUGAAAGCUGGUAAAGAAAUCGCGAACGAGACGUACGUGUUCCCGGCAGCCGAUUCGGGAACGAUCAUCACGACGGUGAUAGACGGUCCAUUCGAUUCUAACACCGGUAAGACGAUCUUGCGCAGGUCUAACGAGCAGGUAAGCAUGCUCGUUCGUCAGCAGAAUGAGGUUGAAUGUCGCGGCAUCGCUUCCACCACGAAAACGGCAAACGGUUACAUUGCAUCGGCGACAAGUGACGUCGAAGACGUUAGAAACGGAGUCGAAGCCACGAAACGACGGCAAAGGACAGCCGGUCAGCACGAAGGUGUAAUUAACGACUAUUACUUUAGAGAUUCCUUCGAUCAUUCGUCGUCGGAAAGCCAACUAUUGGAUGCAUCGGGCAAACCGCACAGUCGCUCGGUGACCCCGGUGCCACAAAUGCAGAAACUUCAAAACUCGAAAGUUUGUCUACAGCAGCAACAACAACAACAGCAUCAGCAACAACAGUUCCAGCAUCAGCGGCAACCCAGUCGACGUUCAAACGCUGCGAAACUGAGGCACAAGAGUCUUCGAGUCACGAGGCUUUUCGUUCCAGCUUUUAUGCUGACGAUCACCGUCUUGUUUAUCGUGAUCGUCAUAGUAUUCGAGACGGAUACGACGCUUUUCAAUAACUUGCGCAAGACACCAGAAAUGGUGGCCUUAAAGAACCAAUACUAUGUCCCUAUUAAGGAGUUCUUGAGGACAAAGCUCGGCCUAUUUUGAUGCGACCCGACGAUGACCAGGCUGAGGUCGCCCUUUGUCGCUAAGUAACUUCCUUCAGUGCCAAGUCGAGAAGACGUUGCCGAGACCGGAGGAGCAAGGGUAUCGUUUCUUGUUCAUCCGUCGUUUCCUCUUUCGUGAUUCACACACGGCGGAACCACUUGUACUUUUCUUUUUAUAUCUCCUUGAUUUUCCUAUUUCCGAAUCGACGCAGAUACGAGCCACUUAUUCGCCAAAUCGAUUAACUCCGCGAAACGGAAAGUACAGAAGAUCGAUGAAAUUGUACAAGUACGAGACACGAGCUCUGUGACGCUAAAAUUUCGUACCUGGAGUUAACCGCUUUGGCCCGUGAAGAUCAAGGUUCGGUUAGCAUUAGCCGGUAUUCGAAGCUUUUAAACGAAUGCCGCUGUUUUAAUUCCGCUGCGUUCCUUCGAUCGAUGGGCCAAUUUCGACCUAGUGUAUUUUUUUAAUGUACGUACGGAAGAUUUGCUAUCGGUAUGUGUGAGGUUUUGUUUCAAUUUUAUAUCGAGCAUUUUCUUAGGACAUUAACGGUCUUCUUAUUUCUCUAGAGAUAAGAGCAAGAUCGCGAUAGAAAAAUUCGAGGCUCGCAGCAGGAUUAACGCAGGAAUAACGUACCACUGUUUCAAUUGGCAAGAAAGGAUCGGAAGAUAUACAGUGGCUCGCAAGAGCGUUCGUACAUCUGGCAUAGACAAAUUCUAUGCGUAUAUCGUGCGUGUUAUGUAAAACAUUUUGAAAUUUCGUUAGCACCGUAUCGAGGCGCAACUCGAGAAUAUAUAUAGAUUUGCUGCAAACUUGUGUUUAUUAAAAAGUCAGCGUUAUCGUAUGAAUAAUUGGCCAGAUGUUUAUCACUUUUUUAACGGUUUAUCAGAUUUAUCUGACUUUUGUAUACGCGUUUAGAGUAGUUUAAAGCUCUAAUACAACAACGAUAGUUGUUUCAUAUUUAUAGUAUCGAUGAAACAAGUCCAAUACGUUGAAGAAAGGCACCGACAAGCGCAAGUACGAAUACUUUGGCGAGCCACUGUACCGAUACGAUAAUACGAUAAAAGAUUUCGAAUCACGAGAGCGCGAAAUAUCGAUACGAAUCUACACUUUUAUUAAACACACCAUCGUCCGCGAUAAAAAAUACCUUUGUUUUACUAUUUGUUUACUUUUUGCACUACUACGUACGUAUAUUUAAAUCUUAGUAACUUAACAUACGUAUAUAUAUAUAUAUAUAUAUAUAUAUACAUUUACUCUGACAAAGACAAAGUGUUUUGUACAAAAUAUUUACAUCGCGAGUACUCGUGUUUGCUAAGUUACGCGUAAAUUUGACAAGUUGUUAGAAAACUUUGUUACAGUACGUUUAUCAAAUUUAUUUAAUAAAUUUAGAUGAAAGUCAGUUUUUACGUAUUACUAUUAUACAUGUAUAUGUAAUGUAUAGAAUGUGUGGCAAAUCGAGAAAGUCAUAUUUAUAUUUAAAUACAAAAGUAGAUAAUACACACGGGUGUACGUUCUCAAAUUACGAUUAGUGAUAGAAUAGACAUCAUGAGCAGAAACAUCAAUUAGUACGCUGCACAACAUACUUUUUACUCUUUUUCCGUAUAGCGAAAUCACAUUAUGUACGUUUUGAUUUGCAAGUAGAAGCAUACCAUGUAUCAAGAUUAUUGCAUUUUCUAACGUAUAAUAUUCGAUCGCUCUGUUCUUUAUUUUUCUAAAUAGCUCCAUACUUUAGCCAUUUCCUAGACUUAAAAAUCUUCAAGCGCGUAGUAGUUGUAAUCUUCGUUGACGGAUAUGAAAUUUCGUUAACGAUCUUUCGUUGGAAAGAAUAACUUGCUAAAUUAAAAGGUUGUAACUCGUUUGAUUUUAUUACUAUUAGGAAAUGCAAUGAUCGAACGUGACAUGCAACUAUACGUUUAAACGAGUACUUAAUUUUGAAUUUCAGCAACAGUACACUAUACAUAGGAUACUCAGCAUGCGCAAUCAUAAAAAUUAUUCGUUGAUAAACGAAUAAGCAAGGCUAAAUACCGUAAACGUAAGAUCUGCUUUUGUCGUAAACUUUUAGUUGUCAUAGUAUAUUUAACAAACUUUUAUAAGGUAAUUUAAUAGAUCUUGUAAGAUAGAAUGGGGCAAUACGAGGUGCAAUCAGGUAGUAUAGCAUAUAAAGGAAAAGGUGUUUCUUGUACUUUUAUUCCAAUUAGUUAUCGAUGUUUUCCUGCAAGUACGUAUAAGGGAAACGAGUAUGCUUCCUGAACUUUGUAUCAGCAUGCAACAAACAAGCAUCGACCAAUCGAUAUUUCAUUUUGAUUUAUUCGUUGACUCUGUGAACAUAUACGAGGAAAACUUAACGCGUGUGUGUAAAAUAGGAUGAAUCGUCAAACACGAACAGACACGUUUCUUGCGUUUUCGGCGAUAUCGUCGAGACGUGUUUAACCAACGAUUAUUUAUCAAGUUUAUGUAUUUUAAAAUGCAAAAUUAUUAAAUCGAUUUCCAGCCGAAUAGCGUAAUAAUGUGUAAAAUUAUGCAACAACAUCGAUAAGACGGUGAACGCUAUAGAGCAUAAUAUAAGAGAUACCAUCGUUUUUAUUUUUAGCGACUUUUUAAUAAAUUGAACGUGUAGCAAGAAUUAGCAUUACAAAUUGUACUUGUCUAGAACGAUUAUGCAACAAUUAAUCGAUGAAACGAAACCCGGCAUAAACUAAUUUGUAAAGCUCGAUGAUACGCAGCUAUUACGCAAUUAUUGGAUUUGUAUAUAAAACGUCUAGUUGCGUAAAACUAUUUACUUUUAUAGGAAACUAUGAAAACGUUUAUACUAUUACGAAUAGUUCCCGUUCGUUAUACGACUGGCGUGGUAUUUUAAAUUUUAUAUAAAAUAUUUUCUUGUCGAUCGCGUGCUCGUGUCGUCAGAUAUAAUAAAACGAGUUUUAAUCCGAAUGUCUCACGAUUCAUCCUAUUGUAACGAGAAAAAGUUGGUUCUAUUAUAAAUUCCAUAUGGCGUAUUGGAUCGCUCGCAGAAAUUACACGACGAAUCGUUAAAGAAAGCAUACAGAGCAAUCUGUAAAAAAUUUGCUUUUAUAAGGAAUAUUCUCGAACGAAGUAUCGACGAAUGUAGCGAAGCGAAAUGAAAAUUGGAACUCGCGUUUUUCUACCUUAAAACACGAUAUUUUUUAAUUAGUAUCAUUAGGUGACAUUUGACAUUUGACAUUUGCAGUAGCUUUGCCAGCUGAUCACCUUAUAGCCGUAUGUUUUAGUAGCUAGUUUAGCUAGUACGUAUCGUUAGUCGAUGAUCUUGUUUCAGAAUCUUUAUCGCUGAAUUACUUCUGAUCUAGUCGUAUUACUUUUCUCCAAGUACGAUUUAAGAAAUAUAUGAGACAGGAAGAGCUAAAGCUAAGAAAGGCUUGGUUACCGUGGAAAGCGAAAACACGCGAUAGAAACAAAGAGUCACGUUUGUUCUUAUAUGUUUGUUCUUAUCGAUAAUUUGAAUUAAGGGGUCUUCUGUGGUUGUGAGAGGAAGAGAGCGAUUUGUUGGCCACUGUUCCGGGAAAAGCGUGUAGUACGUUUAUUCUUACGACAGUUUUUGUAUUUAAUAAAGAUACAUUUGAAGAAUAUUUUGUUAAAUUCUCAUGCAAACGUAUUCAUUUGUUUCACAACUA